AUGACCAACUCUCCUGUCAGUUUCUAUGCCACCAUAGCUAUCUUUCUCCUCUUCUCCAUCUCCCACUUCCCUGGAGCUCUCUCUCAAUCUAACAAAGUCUGCGAAUCCAAAUCCAACAACUCAUGUAUCGACAAAGACAAAGCAUUAGAUCUCAAACUCAUAUCAAUCUUCUCAAUCCUCAUCACAAGUCUAAUUGGCGUUUGUCUCCCGUUCUUUGCCCGGUCAGUUCCAGCUUUCCAACCCGAGAAAUCUCACUUCCUCAUCGUCAAAUCUUUCGCAUCCGGGAUCAUCCUCUCCACUGGUUUCAUGCAUGUCUUGCCUGAUUCUUUCAACAUGCUUUCAUCUCCUUGUCUUGACGAUAACCCCUGGCACAAGUUUCCUUUCACCGGAUUUGUUGCUAUGGUCUCGGCCGUGUUCACUCUCAUGGUUGACUCUAUUACCACCAGCGUCUUCACCAAGUCAGGAAGGAAAAGUUUACGUGCUGACGUGGCCUCAGCUGAGACUCCUGACAACGAGAUGGGGCAGGGGCACGUAACAACUCAUCAUGGUCAUGGUCAUGGUCAUAGUCAUAGUCAUAGUCAUAGCCAUGGAGAGAAUGAUAAAGAGCUUGGUUCUUAUUUACAGCUUCUACGGUAUCGUGUGAUUGCAAUCGUAUUGGAGUUAGGAAUAGUGGUGCACUCGAUAGUGAUAGGACUAUCCGUAGGAGCCACUAACAAUACUUGCACCAUCAAAGGUCUCGUCGCUGCGCUUUGCUUCCACCAAAUGUUCGAAGGUAUGGGUCUCGGCGGAUGCAUCCUCCAGGCGGAGUACGGUUGGGCUAAAAAGGCGGUAAUGGCUUUCUUUUUCGCGGUGACGACGCCUUUUGGAGUGGCUCUAGGGAUGGCAUUAUCUAAAACAUACAAAGAGAAUAGCCCUGAUUCGCUUAUAACAGUCGGGUUGCUCAAUGCUUCCUCGGCUGGAUUACUCAUCUACAUGGCCUUAGUAGACCUUUUAGCUGCCGAUUUUAUGGGUAAUAAAAUGCAGAAGAGCAUCAAGCUUCAGUUAAAGUCAUAUGCUGCUGUCUUGCUUGGUGCUGGUGGUAUGUCAGUCAUGGCCAAGUGGGCUUGAUGAUGUUUAAGUUUAAGAGUUGAGCUUACAAAUAGAUGUAUUGACUUUUAUUUUUCUUUCUUAAUUAUGAACAUUAAAUAAUGAGCACAUAUCGUGUGCAAUAGCAAAUAAAUGUAAAUAUCGAAACUAU